GAUCAGUCGUAGAAAAGAGAGCCAAGACUUGCAAGUGCACUUCGUGUUGAACACAUUUUUGCUUGAAGUUACGAGCUUGACAUUGCCUGCUAAAACCUAUAACUAUCUGUCUUGCUUCGACCAGUUCCUCAUUUUGGAACUGAAACAUGGCCACUUUCUUCUCUGGAUUUCAACGAAAGAAGACCAUGUCUGAGAGCUCGGACAUGUCUGGUGUUGAGGAGACUCCCAACGCCACCAAGGAGGAAGCCGGUCAGAACUACUUGUACGACAUUGACGGGAAAUUCGCCUAUACCUACUAUGACCACCAAAGAGAGCUCUAUGACAUAGAUGGGAAACACAAAUACAAGUACUUCAACCACAUGAGAAGGCUUCCUACGGCUUCAGCUGCCAUUGAGACUCCCUCUAUUACCAAAAAGGCUCAAGAUACCAUCGGCAGUUCGGUCUCGCCUGGCAGCUCCUUGAAUUCCGGACACAAAUUCAUGUACGACAUUGAGGGCAAAAUCCCAUAUACGGUGUUUGAUGCCACCAAUCAACAGAUUUUGGAAGCCAAGAAGCCCUAAUAUGCGUUUUUUGUGUGUUCAAAAGAAAGAAUAAUGUUUGACUGUCAGACUCCAAAUCGAUAAUAAUGGUAUAUAUAUAAUUCAUAUUAUAAAUAUAUCUGGAGAAAAAUUAUUAAGAUAUAAAUAUAAAUAUUCACAACGGA